AUGGCAGCAGGGCAUGGGAAUCAGGACAGCGGUCUCUACUCGCACGCCGGCGAGGCUCAGAAAUCGCCGUCGCCCCAGGCCCAUCAUCGUCGCGGUUAUCAGGCAUGCGAUCCGUGUCGCAAGCGCAAGGUCAAGUGUGACCUAGGAAGCGUCGAUAAUCCCCGUCCUCCCCCCUGCGUACGAUGUCGACGCGAAAGCAAACGAUGCGAGUUCUCCGCCACGAGACGCAAGCGCAAACCCUCGGAGGUAGAAGAAAAUGCGGAUGGGGUGCUGCGGCGUGAUAAGCGGAUGAUGGUUGGAGAGGGGCCCUCGAAUGAAUCCAUCAGUGAUGGGUCGCCUUUUCAACAGCCAGACCCCACGUUCGAUAAUGAUGCCAGUGAUCCUCGCCCAAAGUGGCCCGAGGAGUCCCCAGCUGUCAGCAGGCUUCCUCCUCCUAAUAUACCCCAGAAAUACACCCCCAAUCCAUCUGCGUCUACGGGGCACCUACAAGAUGCAAGGAGUAUCCGCAUGUCAUCAAUGUACCCGGUCGGCGAGCGAACCGCUGGGAUGAGUUACGGCCUCGAGGGAGGCCAGCCGAUGAUGAAUCGCACUGCCGUCGAGUUGCUAUCACCAGCCAUCAGUAACAGUCAUGAUGCCCUUCAUCUCUUGUCUGAGGCGGCUGGGCGAACCGAGGAUCUCAAUCGACAGAGCCUCGAGAAUCGUUAUGCUACUCGACAGUCUGUGUCCUCGUUCAAUUCACCCAUGUCCCCUAUGACCCAGGCCGGUACUCCACGAAGCGCCGGCGGGUCCUUUACGAGGGGACCCCGGGCCAGUACCAUGCCCAUGAGUAACUAUUACCAGGGUGCCGGGUCUGGUACCGUGGACCCUCAGGUCCAAGAUCAUCGUGACCAGGCAGAUUCUUCGGGCAAUCAUCAAGACCCAGGGUUCCUGGAUGCUGUCAAAGCAUGGUCACGAUUGCGUUUCGUUCGAGCAGGUUGGCUUACAGUUGAAGAGGCUAUGGCCUAUGUUGAAUAUUACUAUGAGCAUCUCGCUCCGCUGAGCCCUAUUGUCAUUCCCGAUUUCUCUCAAUUUUCCACACAUCGUUCACUUCUCACGGAUGAGCCGGUGCUGGCGGUCACCAUACUUACGACAGCUUCGCGGCAUAUGAAGCCAAAGGGGGAUGGAGCCUAUACGCGCUCUUUUUACAUCCAUGACCGACUCUGGUCGUACCUCCGAGGUAUGAUUGAACGUCUAUUCUGGGGCCAAGAAAAAUUCGGUGGAAGUAGCAGCAAACCACGGUCAUUUGACCUUGCGCCCACUUCGGGCGUAGUGAACUUGAAGGGAAAUCUGAGAUCCCUUGGUACAGUCGAGGCCUUGCUGCUUUUAACAGACUGGCACCCAAGGAACUUGCAUUUCCCUCCUGGUGACGAUGAGAACACCCUCUUGGAUUUGGAUGCCCAGACUCAAACAAAGGAUCUGGAAAAUGAAAGCGAGCAAACUGCGAACAGGGCGUCUAACAGCGCCGCGGAAGGCAGGCUUGCGUUUCAAAAGUGGUUGGAGCCCGCAUGGCGGUCAGACCGAAUGUCGUGGAUGCUGCUGAGUACUGCGCAGGCUUUGGCAUUUGAGUUGGGGGUGUUUGACCAAAAGAGCGAGUCUAAAGCUGCAAUUGACACCCCAGCUGAGCAGCUGCGAAAGCGUCGACUCCGCCGCCUCAUACUCGUAUACAUCACUCAGAGCAGUGGGCGUCUGGGAAUACCUUCCAUGCUUCCUCUACCCCAAUGGGCAAAUGACAUCCAGCCCUUUUCUGCCACGGAUUCUAGGAGCGACGAUACGACCGUUGAUAAGAUGCAUGAUUGUUGGAUUGGGAUUUCCAAGAUCAUGUAUCAGAGUAACCAACUGCUGUUCGCGUCAAACGAACAGACAUCGGAGCUAAUCAGAAGCGGACGGUACCGAGAUCAGAUCGAUAGGUUCCAGCCAUUUUUGCGGGAAUUCCGACAGAAUAUUGACUCCAUCAGUCUUAACCCUGCAAUGCGCAGUAUAUUGAUGAUCGAAUACGAAUAUACACGUCUGUACGUCAACUCUUUGGCUCUGCAAGCUGUGGUCGACCGCUGGACAACGAUGUCGAACGAGGCCGCUCAAGCAGGAUCAGGGCCGCCCUCGGGAGGGUGGUUCCGAGUGCUGAUGGAGUUAUACCGGGUGAAUGAACAAUAUAUCCAGGAAGUCGUUGAUGCAUCACGAAAGAUUCUGACGACUGUGCUGGAAAAACUUGUUCCUGGAGACCAUCUUAAGCACACACCCGUGAGGACAUGCUUUCGCAUUCUUUCUGGCAUGAUCUUCAUUCUCAAGACAUUUACGCUUGGUGCGAAAGAAGACGAUGUUCGUGUGUCUUUGGACCUUCAGGACCGAACAGUAGAAGCACUACGGACAUGUGUCGUGGACGACGUUCAUCUAAGCCAUACCAUUGCCCGCUUGCUGGAACUGCUCACUACCAGCAUCCGUACGCGUUUUCUGCGAUUCGCGCCCUUGGACCGUGGAAACGAUGGUGAAAGCCAGGAUCGUACAUCAGCACCUGUCUCGAGGCAGGAGUCGCCACGUCCGCGUGACGGCGCGCAAAGCCGACGAGAGGGGUCAACUCACUCCUGGCAAACACCCAGUACGGGGCAGAAUCUUGGUUACGUUGAUGGCAGCAAUCAAACAAGUACGACCAUGGGGUCCGUCCAUGACCCACUGGCUGGGAUCCCUGCACAACCGAUCAACUCAUCAAAUAUUAAUGUCUCGUUCAUGCCACCACCACCGUCGGUCUACUACAACUACUACGACUCAAAUGCGCCACGAUCCACAGGGGAGAUGGAGGGUUCGAGCGUUCCAUCGCAGUCAAUGAACCACGACCAGGCCAACAACUCUAGUGGUCUUCCGGACUGGUUUGCUCUUCCGCUGGAUCAGUUCUUCAACAGCUCCACCGCGGUAGUUGACCAGGGUCUUGGAGGCACAGGGCCCAUGGUUGGUGAAUUCGACAUGCUGGAGGUUCUUCUCAAUGAACAAUAUGAUGGAAGUGGGGAGGGUGCUGAUUCGUCCGCUGGAAGCAAUCUACCUUCUCAGUUCCUGCAUUCGUCAUGA